AUGCAGUUUGAUGAUCUUAUAGCAGAGAAGGAAGCUGUNNNNUCAAAACAUGUCAAUUUGGCUAAAGACAAUCAAGUUAUUCAGCAGGAGUUAUUAUCUAUGAGAAAAGUACAACAGGAAUGUGAAAAACUUGAGGAGGAUAAAAAGAUGUUAGAAGAAGAAAUAUUAAAUCUUAAGACACAUAUGGAAAACAAUAUGAUAGAACUUGAUCUAGUACGAGAAUAUACAUUGGAGCUAGAAGAAAGGACAGUGCAGGUACUGGAAAAAUUAGAAGAAACCCAUUUACAGAAACAAGCAGAAUAUGAAAAACAAUUAGAGCAGUUAAGCAAGGAUAAUACAGCUUCACUAAAUAAGAAGAAACUCACACUUAACGAUGUGGAAUGUAAACUCUCCAAAAUGAAAACUGCUUAUGAAGAGGUUACAACUGAAUUAGAAGAAUAUAAGGAAGCCUUUGCAUUAGGAUUAAAAGCUAACAAUUCCAUGUCAAAAAAAUUAAUGAAGUAAAUCAAUAAGAAAAUAGCAGUGACCAACACAGAGCUUUUUCUGAAGAAAGAGCAGAUGAAACCUUUUCUCAGAGCUCUUCCUACUACGCCAGACCCAGAGUCACCUUGAGUUGAAAAUCUUAAUAGUAUAAGACUCCACAGAAAACAUAUUCCCCAAACACCCAUAAGAAUUCCUACUUCAAACCCGCAGACUUCAAAUAACUGCAACAACUAUUUGACUGAGGUUAGUUAUAUUACCAUUUCUCUUGAGUUUCAUUUCUCUAAUAUAAUUCUUGUUUUAAAUUUGGUGAAAUACUGAGUUGUUCUGUUGACUUAUGCAUGUUAAGUAAAGCUCAAAAUCAGCUGUGU